AUGGCGUCUUCAUCUAACAAAUUUCAAGUUCCUUUCGCUGGAAAAUGGAACGACUUCUCUGUUGCUGAUGAUGGAAUGAAGUAUGUUCCAGAACCCAAGGGUAGCAAAGAGCACCGAGAAAUUUGGGAAAGUCAGGUAAUGAUUCCCUUUGCUAUUGAUAACAAUGUUUAUGCUUUCGGUGGUCCGAUUCCAGAUGAUAUGAAUUUGACUAGGGAAGUAGACGAGAUAUUUCCAUGUCUCGAAACCUGCGAGCCUAGAAUCUUUGAUAGCAAACCCUAUAACUUUGAAUAUAUGCUGACAAAUUAUAAACCCUUUCGAUCCCAUCCUUAUUACGGAAAUAGCCUUUACCUUACUUGGCUUGAUCGAAUGGAACAAUCCUUUGGUAAAUUCUGGAAAGAUUACGGAAUCUUUGAGUUAAUACAGUUCUCUAGGAUAGGACCCAAAUACCAACCUGAAAUGCUCAUUGCUGCGAUGCAUUUCUUUGAAAAAUCUACCAACACCUUUCAUUUUAAAAGUGGUAUGAUGACACCUACCCUGUUCGAUGUGUCAGCUAUCACAGGGUUAAGACCCACUGGCAAAACUUACAGCCCUGAUGAUGUUAGUGAUAACAUCACUUUAAACUACAAAGAAAACGCCUUUUCUGCCUUUAUCCUCAAACAUUCAGGACCUGAGAAUGAAGAAGUCUCAGAUGAAGAACAUGUGGCCUUUCUCACUCUAUGGCUAUCCCAUUAUGUAUUUUGCUCUCGAUCUCUCCAAAUUGCUAGGAAAUUUAUACCCAUGGCUGUGCAAAUACAUGAAGGAUGCCAUUUUGCCUUAGGACGCCUUCUGCUGGCAACUCUGUAUGAGUCGAUUGGGGAAGUUUGUGAUAACCUGAAAGGUUUAGUUCCUGCCAAGUCGAAAUCGAAGAAAGCUGCGCCAGAUGGAUGUUUUCAAGCUGCUGGGCCAAUGUGGCUAUUACAGUUGUGGUUAAAUGCCACCUUUGAAAAAGAACUUGGUUUGUUCAUUCCCACUGAACAUCACGCUUCGAUAGCUAAAAGGAAAAUCGAAGGUACUCGUUUAAUAAGGCUUCAACCUAAUCCCCUUGAACAGAACUCUCAACAGCUAUUCAUGAAGUACAUGAAAAUUUUCUUAGCCAUCGACCAAUUCAAGCCUGAACACGCUCCAUUUGUGAAGAGAACCAUUGGUCCCUCCUGGUUCGUCAAAGAGAUACCAGUGUUGAAUCCUAACGCUGAGGAGGAAAUAAAUGAAACUUGGACAGCCUACUUAGAUCCUACUAUUCUGUCUAUUCGAAUUGGUACCCUAUCUUCUGAAUAUGCAUUAAUUGGGUAUCAACCGAACUUGGUUUCUAGACAGUUUGGCUUUUCACAGCUUCGACCAAAGAGCAUGUAUAUAAGGAAGAAAAACAUCGUGCUUGGGACAACUGUGACUUCCACUUUGUAUGAAAGGUACAUGAAGAUUAGUCGUGACAACGUUUAUGGCUUCGAGCCAUUUGACUUCAACCUUUCUUACUACUGUACACAAGAGUUUGCCAACUGGUGGAGGCGAUAUUUCGACAGCAAACACCUAGGAGAUGCAGUGCUUAUCUCGAGGUUGGAGAGUGGGUUUACUCGACCUCAGAUAAAGAGAAUCGAACAGCAAGUCAAGACUACAGUUACCAAAAAACAAGCUGCAGAUUCUGCUAAAACAGUUAAAGAGAAAACAACAUCAAAGUCAGUUGAGUCUGAAGAGCCUUCUAAGGCACGUAAAAGACCAACCAACGUCCCUUCCACUGAGACUGGCCCAUCGAAGAAGCCAAAACCUAACACAAUAGUCGUCAGUGACGAAGAAGAGGAAGAAGAAGAACAAAGUUUCCAGAGAAAGAGGGGCCAGCCUUCUGUGAUUAUUGAAACAAAUAUCCCAGAAACUACCUCUGAUAAUCUUUCUACUGAAGAGAAAGAAAAGAAGAUGAAAGAAAAGAGAGAGAAGCAGGAAAGGAAAGCGAAGAGGAAAGAGGAAAAGAAGAAAGAAGGAAAGAAAAGUUCAGAGGAUCGAACCCGGGAUAAAAAACAUAAAAAAUCAAAGUCCUCAAGUGAUCCUUCUGCAACCAACCUUAAAUCUCCUUCGAUCUCGAAUGAACAACAAGAGCCUAUCCCUGACGCUGAAGUUCAAGAAGAUGCUGCUAUGCCUGAUGCUACACUCAAAGAAUCGGACAACAUGCCCCAGCAAGACAACAAUCCAGAGGAUAUCCUAUCGAACAAGUCUAGUGGUGAUACUCUCAAAGAUAGUGAGACCACUAUUUCUGAAAAAGUCAUACCAGAGCCUAGUCAAGAUCAAUCAGAGCCUCCUAUGUCUGCAGAGAUUGAUAACAAGACUUCUCCUUUCAAGGAAUGGAACGAAAAUCCAACAGUCGAGGUCGAUGCUGAUGAAUCUUCCUCAGAGGAAGAAGACUUUGAUUCUGAAGCCAUAAAAGAAGCAGAGGCUGGUGGAUCAGAAUUGCUACCUGAAACUUCGACAUCGAAGCUGUCAGCCAGCCUAGGGCUCGCUGAAGAAGAAUUCAUUUCUUUGCAAAUUCAUGAUCCUGAAGCUGCUCUAAAACUUCUGAUUUCUAAAACCACUACUGAUCCUGUGAGUUCGAGUGGACCCAGCAAUUCGACUGCUUCAGACUCAGAAAUCAAUUCUUCUGUUCGACAAGACUCUCUGAUUUCAAAGCUAUAUACGGAUUUCAUCAAUGGAGACAUCUUGGCAUCAGUUGAGGAACACCCUGCUAAUGCUUUCAAGCACAAGUCCUUUUUGAACAAGUUGCACAAUCCUCAGACUGACCUCGAAACCUUGAGAAAAGUUAUCCAGCUCGAAUCGAUCUUGGACCAGUUUGCUACCACAGUGCAAAACCUGAAACGCAACUCUCAGAAACUUGUUGGUCAACAAGCUGCUUAUGAUGCAUUAUUUGAGAAGGCCAUGGCUGCCCAAUCAAAAGUUGACCAAAUGAAAGCACAAGUUCAGCAACCAGGUCUUGGGAUUCAAGAAUGUACCAACAAUAUUUCCAAGUGGGAGGCAGAAAUAGAUUCUUUUCGAGCUGAGAUUGCUGAUCGAGAGAAAAAGAUUCUUGAAGAGAAAGCAAAGCGUGUAAAGAUUGAAGAAGCUGUUGCUGCCACCACUCAAGAAUCUAUUCGCGAAGCUGCGAAGGAAGGUAUUUCCCACUUCAGUGCUGCCACUGUGAUCAAAGAAGAGAUCAAAUCUCUCGAAGACGCAAUCAAGAUCCAGACUGUCGAAGUUGGCCUUAUUAAGGACCAUUAUGCUGAUUUCAAAUCUAAGUGUUUGUCUUAG